UUUGGCUCUUUUUUUUUUUGGUGGUUACUUAUAUAUAUAUAUAUAAAUUGAAAAAACUUCAAGCCAAAACAAAGCUUAAUUUUGAAGAAACAAGUGUUAUAAAUUGAUCAUGACGAUGAGGAAUGGUAUUGAGCUAUUAGUGAGACGAGUUUCAGCGAUACCUCAACACUCGAUUUCUUCUAGCUCCCAUUUUCUUCCUCAAUUUUGCACUUCUUCUUCUGCAUCCCCCAGUUCCAAGCUAUUCAUCGGAGGAUUGUCCUGCUCUGUGGAUGAGCAAUCUCUCAAAGACGCUUUCUCUUCCUUUGGAGAGGUUGCAGAAGUUAGGAUUGCGUACGACAAAGGAAGUGGGAGAUCAAGAGGAUUUGGUUUUGUUGAUUUUGCAGAGGAAGGUGAUGCUCUAUCUGCAAAAGACGCCAUGGAUGGAAAGGGAUUAUUGGGUCGGCCGUUGAGAAUAAGUUUUGCCCUUGAAAGAGUACGUGGUGGUCCUGUGGUUGUUCCACGUCUUGGGAAAUCAAAGAGAGACAGAGAACGAGUCUUCAAGUGAUGGCAGCAUCUCGUAGAGACUUAAACCAAAUGACAAGAGUCAGCAUUGUUGUACAAGUUCAUGGUUGGAUCUUUGUUGUGGAAUCGAAGUCUAUAAACUAUCAUAUAGUAUUAUGAUUUGUAGUGUGAAAGACUUUGCUUUGUAUCAUACAAUGAUACAAUAAUGGAGAAAAGAUAGAAAAACUGUUUGAGACAACGAUUUUACACAAAAAAAA